AUGGCCACCACGAGUAGUAAACCGGAGUCGGUGCCGAAGCGCCCGAACAUUCUCUUCAUUCUUGCAGAUGACCUGGGGUUUUCAGAUAUUGGAUGCUAUGGCUCAGAGAUUCAAACACCCAACAUCGACCGAAUGGCAAGUGAGGGCAUUCGCAUGCUCAAUCACCACGCCGCUGCCGCUUGCUCCCCCACUCGCGCCAUGCUCCUCAGCGGCACCGACGCUCAUCUAGGGGGCUUAGGGGUCCUUAUCGAGUAUAAAAACAACGAGAAGGGUGCAAAAAGAUGGUCGGGCAAGGCUGGAUACGAGGGGUAUCUGAACGAUGAAGUGGCUGCUAUCCCGGAGAUCCUCCAAGACAAUGGGUAUUUUACUCUCAUGUCUGGAAAGUGGCAUCUUGGCAUGCGAGCUUCCCAGGGGCCGUGGAAUCGCGGCUUCGAGAAGGCGUUUGCCAUGCUGCCGGGCUGCAGCAACCACUAUGGCUGGGAACCAGUACAGGAGAGAUUUCCCGUUGGGGGCCGACCUAUACACGCUGAGAAGGGGUUGAAAGUUGACAUCCCGCCGAAUAAGACAGAGGAUCCCGAGGGGUUCUAUUCGACCGAUUUCUAUACGAACCGGCUCCUCGAAUAUUUCCAAGGCCGAACAGAAGAAGACAAGGAAAAGCCAUUCUUCGCCUUUUUACCGUAUACUGCCCCCCACUGGCCUUUGCAAUGCUCGAAGGAACAGCGUGACAAGUAUAAAGGAGUAUACGAUGAUGGCCCUCUGGCACUCCGGGAGCGUCGUCUACAAAAACUUGCCGAUCUUGGCAUCAUUGACAAAAGUGUUAUCCCACACAAGGUCGAGACAUCGACUGUGGGAGUUGGGGAGUGGGACGAGCUCAACCCAGAAGAAAAGAAGCUCUCGAGCCGAGCUAUGGAGGCUUAUGCUGGGAUGGUGGACUCCAUCGAUGUCAAUGUCGGUAAAGUGGUUGAGUAUUUGAAAAAGACUGGGGAGUACGAUAAUACGUUCAUCGUCUUUAUGAGCGAUAAUGGGGCCGAGGGAGCUGCUCUGGAAGCCAUUCCUGUAAUGGGAGAGAAUAUCAAGCAGGCCAUUCAUCAAUACUAUGAUAACUCGCUUGAGAACAUCGGGUCGUGGAAUUCUUACACUUGGCUCGGCCCCCUUUGGGCCCAAGCAUCAACUGCCCCGUCAAGAUUGUUCAAGUGCUAUCCAUCCCAAGGCGGCAUUCUAGUUCCCUGCGUUGUCAAACCCCCUGCCAACGCCUUCCUUCCGUCAUUCACCCAUGGCUCCUUCAAUAGAUCAUUCACGACAGUGAUGGAUUUCGCCCCAACCUUCCUCGAGAUGGCCGGUAUAAAGAUGCCCCCAGCCACAACAAAGAAAGCCCCUGCACCUCCACGAAAGGAAGCCGCCACACGGCAGAUGACUACGUUCCGUGGCCGAGACGUCCACAAAAUCCGAGGCAAGUCUUGGCUUCCAUACUUUGCACGGGGCCAGAAGGUCGAGGAGGAUGAGAUGUGGACGGUUUACUCAUCGAAGGAGCCAGUGGGCUGGGAACUGUUCGCUCGAGGGGCGCUACGCAAGGGUGAUUGGAAGAUCGUCCACUUUCCCAAGGAUCAUGGCGGCGCGGGUGUUGGUGAUGAAGGGUGGGAACUAUUCAAUGUGGUAGCAGAUCCCGGCGAGACCAAGGAUCUAGCCGAGUCGGAGCCGGAGAAGCUUAAGGAGCUGCUGGCUCACUGGGACGAAUACGUGGUAGAAUGUGGGAUUGUCUGGGGAGAUACAGCUGCAGCUCCGGGUCUGACAAUGGACGAGGCCCCGCAGUUAUGGGAAGAUGAGCUCGACUUGCAAAAGGCGUGGAUGGGUGCCAAAGGGGGAGAGUGUCCCGCAUCUUGUAGGUAG